CUCGACUCUCUCCCUCUCCAUCUCCAUCUCCACCUCAUCGUCUAUCCACCACACAAUGGUAGCCUGGACGCCCUCGUCGUGGCGCGAAAAGCCAAUUACGCAGGACGUGACGUAUCCCGACGCUGCGGACCAUGCGCGCGUCGUGCGCAAGCUCAAACACCUGCCCCCGCUUGUGUCGACCCAGGAGAUCGACUCGUUAGCCGAGCAGAUGGCUGAUGUUGCUGCGGGCAAGGCGUUCCUCCUCCAGGGAGGUGACUGCGCCGAGUUGUUCGACUACUGUUCAGAGACGCCCAUCGAGCACAAGCUCUCACUCAUCCUCAUCAUGUCCCUCAUCCUGCUGAACGGCGCGCACAUCCCCAUUGUCCGCAUCAUGCGCAUCGCGGGACAAUACGCGAAGCCGCGCUCGAAGCCAACCGAGAUGGUGGACAUGCCCGACGACAACGGGCAAACGGUAAAGAAGGAGGUGCUGUCGUUCCGCGGCGACAACGUGAACGGGUAUGACAUGACGGAGCGCGCGCCUGAUCCGGACCGCCUCGUCGCGGCCUACUUCCACUCGGCCGCGACGCUCAACUACAUCCGGACGCUGCUCAGCUCAGGCUUCGCGGACCUGCACAAGCCGCUGGAGUGGAGCUUCUCGUACGUCCGCAACCCCGAGCUGCAGAAGCAGUUCGAGAACGUCGUCGAGAACCUCCAAGACCGCCUCGAGUUCAUGAAAGUCGCGACGGGCGGCGCGGGCGGCAGCGAGCGCGGCGGCACGCGGACCGUCAACAUCUUCACCAGCCACGAGGCUUUGCUCCUCGAGUACGAGGAGGCGUUCACGCGCUCGUCGGGCUUCGUCGGGCCGUCCGUCUCGGCGCCCACCUCGCGCCCCACGACGCCGGGACCCAGCCGCUCCGCGUCCAUCGCGCGCGGCGAGCGCUCGCCCGCCUCCUCCGGCGUCCUCCCCCCGAAGCGCUACUACAACACGAGCGCGCACUUCAUCUGGAUCGGCGACCGGACGCGCCAGCUCGACGGCGCGCACAUUGAGUACUUCCGCGGCAUUGCGAACCCGAUCGGCGUCAAAGUCGGCCCGGGCAUGCAGCCCGACGAGCUCGUGCGGAUGCUCGACAUCCUCAACCCCGACCGCGUUCCCGGCAAAGUGACGCUCAUCUCGCGCUACGGCGCUGCCAAGGUCGACGAGUACCUCCCGGCCCACAUCGACGCCGUCAAGGCGACGGACCACGUCGUGGUGUGGCAGUGCGACCCGAUGCACGGGAACACGAAGACGUCGACGGCCGAUGCGAGCCUCAAGACCCGCCACUUCAGCGACGUCAUGCACGAGAUUACCCGCGCAUUCGAGAUCCACCGCGAGAAGGGGACUGUGCUUGGCGGCAUCCAUCUUGAGCUCACUGGCGAACUCAAUGACGAGGGCUACUCCGUUACUGAGUGUAUCGGCGGCUCGAUGGAGCUCGAGGACAAGGACCUCAGCCUCAACUACCGCACGCACUGCGACCCCCGCCUCAAUUACGAGCAGAGCCUCGACGUCGCCUUCCAGGUCAGCGAUUACCUCGCCGCCGCUAAGAAGGGUCGCAAGCCGCGCGACUUGUUCAAGGCCGCGCGCCAGUAGGCCAUCAGGCCGAAAAAGUACGCCGAUACCGGCCAUAUUAUCUAGUUUACAUCUGUGUACAUGCACAUAUGACAUGACUGCGUC